AUGGCAAGCUGGUUGUACCUCCUACUGCUUGGCACCUCAGUUGCAAGUCUUCUGCACGUCGGAGAAACCGUUUUCCUAAAUCAAGAAAAGGCCAACAGUGUCCUGAAGAGGACCCGGAGAGCUAAUUCAUUAUUUGAAGAGUUAAAGAAAGGAAACCUUGAGAGAGAAUGUAUAGAAGAAACAUGUUCUCAUGAAGAAGCCAGAGAAGUCUUUGAAGACAAAGAAAAAACGGAGGAAUUCUGGAACAAAUAUGUAGAUGGUGACCAGUGUGAAAGUCAGCCUUGUAAGAAUCAAGGGCACUGUAAAGAUGGUGUUGAUGAAUAUACCUGCAGCUGUAUGGAAGGAUAUGAAGGCAAAAACUGUGAAUUUUCAACACUAAAAUUCUGCAGUUUGGAUAACGGAGAGUGUGAACAAUUCUGCAAAGAAGCAAAAAACGCUGUGGUAUGUAGCUGUGCCAAAGGCUACAUCCUGGGAGAUGAUGGCAAAUCCUGUAUCCCUACAGAAACCUACCCAUGUGGAAAAUACACCAAGGAAAGAAGGAAGAGGUCAGUCCCAGAACCUGACAUGCAAAGUGUCACUUCUCCAAGCUUAAGUGAGAGUCCACGUGCAGAUCUGGAAAAAGAGACUCUGCCUCCCACGAAGGAUCCUUUUGGAAGAUUCUUGCCAAAUUACACAGAACCUAAAAACGAUGGGAAAGAUUUCACAAAAAUUGUUGGAGGAGAAAAUUGCAAUGAGGGAGAAUGUCCUUGGCAGGCUCUUCUCAUAGAUGAGAACAAAGAAGGAUUCUGUGGAGGUACAAUUCUGGAUGAGUACAACAUCCUCUCUGCAGCUCACUGCAUGACCCCAGGGAAGAGAUUCCAAGUGGUGGUAGGUGAGCGGAACACUGAGUUCGAAGAUGGAAACGAAGAGGCCCACGAAGUGGACAAGGUAUUGACACAUAAAGGCUUUGUGAGAGAAACGUAUGACAACGAUAUUGCUCUCAUCAAGUUAAAGAAACCCAUCCGGUUCCGAAAGAACGUGGCGCCAGCGUGCUUACCAGAAAAGGACUGGGCUGAGGACGUCCUGAUGAAUCAGAAGGUGGGCAUCGUCAGCGGCUUUGGCCGCGUGCACGAGAAAGGUCGCACCUCCCCGUUACUCAAGAUGCUGACGGUUCCUUAUGUGGAUCGGAACACAUGCAAGCUGUCCAGUACCUUCAUCAUAUCCUCCAAUAUGUUCUGCGCUGGCUAUGACAACCGACCUGAGGAUGCAUGUGAGGGAGACAGUGGUGGCCCACACGUGACCAAGUUUAAGGACACUUAUUUUGUCACUGGAAUUGUCAGCUGGGGAGAAGGAUGCGCCAGGAAGGGAAAAUAUGGGAUCUAUACAAAAGUCACUGCCUACCUUGGAUGGAUAAAAAAAUCCAUGAGACCAAAUAAAAUUCAGCAGAACUGACUGCCUUCUGCAGCAGUGGUCAAUUAGUUCCCCUUCUAA